AUGGCUGCACUGCCUAAGCGAUGGGCCUGGACUUUCCUCAAGGAAGGCAUCAAGUUUCGCGCUGGGCGACUCUAUGAGACGUUUUGGAACUCGCAGUCGAACGUCAAGUACACAGUGGUCUUCCUCUAUCCUGGAGCACUUUUUUGGGUCCGAUGGCGUGCAGAGACUCAAUAUAAGUACAAUGUCUUCAUUGCUGACAAGGAGGUCGAGCCUGACGCAAGUCAGAGCAUCUGGUCCAGCUUUGAGAAGACCAAAUCCAUGUGCACCUGGAAGAAUGGCUCCGUUUUCUACUUCCCGGCGAUGGCGACAGUGCAGGACUUGAAGCAAAGUGUCUAUGGUGACAAGGUCCCUCCUGCUGUCCGUGCCGGAUGUCACGGGCGCAUGAUGGAGGACGCGGACAACCUUGCUUUGGCUGUGCGAACCUUCUGCAAGCGAGAUCCUAAAAUUGUCCUGUGGGAAGAGGAAACGGAGAAAGUUGCGUAA